CUGGCUGGUUAAAAUGGCUUGGACCAACGCAGGCCGAGCUCAUUCCUCAGCCGAGUCGCGUGAAAGUUGGAUGCAAAACGGACCGAAAAAUGAGCGGAAAGAUUGCCAUCAUCGUGCUCGUCGCCUUGUUGGGCGCCACUUUGGCCCAGGAGCAGCCCUACUACCUGCAACAGUGCCCGCGGGACGAGGCCCAGAUAAACGAAUGCCUUCGCGAAAGUGGCAACAAGCUGGUGCACUACCUGCAGAAGGGAGUGCCGGAGUUGGACAUCUACGAGAUCGAACCCGUGAUGAUUGAUGAAAUCGGCAUAGUUUUGGGUAGUGGUCCGGAUGGCUACCGCGCACUUUUCCGGAACAUUCAGGCCUACGGUGUGAGCAACAUCACAGUGACCAACAUCCGCUCCGACUUGGACUCGCUGCAGUUCCAGCUGACGUGCGAGAUACCCCGCAUUCGCGUCAAGGCGCAGUACCGGUCCACAGGUGUUCUGAUCUUGGUGAAGGCCUCCGGAGCCGGCGACUACUGGGGGGAGUACGAGGGAGUGAAGGCCAAGAUCUACUUCAAGGCGGUGGCCAACGAGGGUCCCGACGGUCGCACCUACCUGACGACGGACUCCGUCAAGAUGGACUUCAACGUGAAGGAGAUCCAAAUGGGAGUGGACAACAUCGCCAACGGCAACUCGGUGAUACAGGCUGCUCUCAACCUGUUCAUCAACUCCAACUCCCAGGAGCUGCUCAAGGAAAUGAAGCCGGCGCUCAGGACCAAACUCACUCUGGUCAUCCGCAACUUCAUGGAUCGCAUUUUCGCCAAGAUUCCGCUGGACGAGUGGAUCAACCUGAAUUAGAAUGUAGUUUCCCUAGUCUAAGACCUAAUUUAUUGCACACAAUUCCGCGAAAUAUACCAAGUAAAUCGAC